UUAAUUCUCUCAAAUCACUGUAAAUUAAUAUUUAAUAUUAAGAAAGAGCAAAGUGCGGUUUCUAUGCAUGUAUAAAACAACAACAACGACAACUACUGCAAGACGAGAAAAUCCUUAAUAUAAAUCAAAAAUAAAACGGUUCCAAUUUGUAUGUGCAAUUUGCAUAGCUCUCUCGUCCCACCCGUCCCACUCUGCUCGCGACGUGUUUCGAAUUUUAAAAUUGUGACCGCAACGUAACGUCGUCGUCCAGUUGCUUUUAAACUGUUGUGUUGUGUUCGUACCGUUGAAGUUUCUUCUCGUUUCGUUUUAUUAAUUUAAAUAUACAAAUAUUAUAUAUAUAUAUAUAUAUUUUGGUUGUGCUGUCAAUUUUUGCAAUACGCGCCAAUUCGUCAGCUGAGCAGCAAACAGCCGCCAAAAUUGAGCUGUUAAGCGCACCCACGAUCUCGAUAUCGACGGUAGCGCCCACGACGUCGCCAUCGCCGCAACAUCAUCUCCCGCAGCAGCAGCAGCAACAGCAGGCGCCGUAUCACCAUCAUCAUCAUCAUCAGCAGCAGCAGCAGCAACAACAUUACGGACCACCACCGUUGCCGCCACCACCCUCGCCAUACUUUCAACAUCUACAACAACAGCAGCAGCAGCAGCAGCAACAACAACAACAACAACAGCAACAACACCAGCAACAACAACAACACCAGCAGUUACAACACAUGAAGUUUCUUGGCGGUAAUGAUGAUCGCAACGGACGCGGCGGCGUCGGCGUUGGCGUUGGCAGCGAUGGUACACGUAAUGCCUCUGCCCAGGAUGUGGAUGCAGCGAGUGCUGCAGCAGCCGCUGCAGCCGUAGGCUAUGUAUUCCAGCAACGUCCAUCGCCCGGCGGUGGCAACACUGGCGUCGGCGUCGGACCCGUUGGCUCCACGUUGCAUGAUGCCGCUGCCGCCGAAUAUGCAGCACAUUUUGCCCAGAAGCAGCAGCAGACACGUUGGGCCUGCGGCGACGAGCACGGCAUCGAUAAUCCUGAUAAAUGGAAAUAUAAUCCACCAAUGAAUCCAGCAAAUGCCGCACCUGGAGCACCGCCCGGUAACGGCAACGGUGGCAGCAAUGGCGGCCCCGGUGCCAUUGGCACCAUUGGCAUGGGCGCUGGCAGCGGUCUGGGCGGCAUGGGCAAUGUAGGUGCCGGCAGUGGCGGCACCAAUGGUGGACUGCAUCAUCCAUCGAUGGCAGCUGCUGCCGCUAAUAUGGCAGCCAUGCAACAGGCUGCGGCAGUAGCCAAGCACAAUCACAUGAUGUCGCAGGCAGCAGCCGCCGCCGCUGCCCAACAGCAACAGCAUCCACAGCAGCAGCAUCCACAGCAACAGCAUCCACAGCAGCAGCAGCAACAGCAGAAUGCUCAGGGACCACCCCAUCAUCUAAUGGGUGGUGGCAAUGGGCUGGGCAAUGGCAAUGGUCUUGGCGGCCUGGGACAACCGCAUCCUGGCCAGCAACAGCAGCAGCAGCAACAACAGCAGCAGCAACAGGGCCAGGCACAUCCCGGCCAGCAUCAGUACAACUCGAAUCUGCUUAGCCAUGUGAUGAACAAUCAGGUGGCAGCUGCAGUUGCCGCAGGCGCCGCAUUGGGGCAUAUGCCACCGUAUGCACAAACCGCUGGUAAUGCCGGCAACAUGUAUGAUCAUCAUGCCGGUGCACUGCAUCCGGGCAUGAACGGCGGCAUGCCGAAGCCACCGCAGGACUAUGUCUAUAUGGGCGGACAGCAACAUGCCGCUGCUGCCGCCGCCGCUGCUGCAGCAAUGGGUGCAGCCCUAAUGCCACCACAAAAUCAGUAUAUGAACAAUUCGGCAGCAGCUGCCGCCGCCGCAGCCAAUCGGAAUGCAGCAAUUACCACAUCGACUGCGAAGAAGUUGUGGGAGAAAUCGGAUGGUAAAAGCGGCGCCUCCGGCAAUACUGGCGGCCCAUUGAAUCCCCUGCAGAUACCCGGCGUUGGCGAUCACUCGUCCGUUUGGAAGGAUCAUACAUGGUCUACACAGGGCGAGAAUAUAUUGGCACCUCCCCGGCCACGUGGUUAUCCACAUGGUGGCGCUUCAGAUACAUCCAACAGCGGCAAUGCGGGCAUCUUGAGUCCCCGCGAUUCGACAUGCGUUAAGAUGGUUGAAUAUGUUCUGGGCGGCUCACCUACUAACAAGGAGAGUCCCCUAUCCAGUUUGGAGCCGCGUAUGCGCAACUUGAAAUUUGACGAUAAUGAUAAGUCACACGAUGAUAAGGAAAAGGCAAAUUCUCCGUUUGAUACAAACGGCCUUAAGAAGGACGACCAGGUACCAAACACAAACGGAGUCGUCAAUGGCAUUGACGAUGACAAGGGAUUCAACCGCACUCCCGGCUCCCGUCAGCCAUCGCCCGCUGAGGAGACACUGCCACGCCCACCCACACUGCUGGACCAAACACAUCAUGGCGGUUUCCCACAAAUGCCCCACUUCAAUCACAUGCUUAUGGAUCAUGGCCAGGGUCACGUGGGCAUGGGCGCCGCUGGUUCAAUGGGCGGCGGCGGCGUUGGUGGCAACAAUUCCGUCGGAGGCGGAGGAGGUGGAAAUGGCGGCGCCGCUGCCGCCUAUGCGCAUCACCAGAUGGCUGCACAGAUGAGUCAAAUGCAGCCGCAGAUGAUGAAUGGAGUUGGUGCCGGAAUGCCAAUGGCCGCACAGUCACCGAUGUUGAAUCAUCAGGGUGCACAGGCAGGCGGACCCAAUCACAUGGAAUCCUCGGGCAACCUUUUGCAACAACAGCAGCAACAGCAGCAGCAACAACAGCAAAAUUUUGAUGUACAGGUGAGUCAGAAAUACAUUCCUAUGAGCAAAUAA